AAUACAGUACGGAGUAAGGCUCUCGGCAGUUCGUUUAACAUUUCCAAAAUAUCUUCCGGAAUGUCGAUGGCUUGUAAAAAAAGAUUGAAGAACGAAAAACUACUGGUGUGUGCUAUUCUUGUGCAAUUAGCUCUGGGUUGCGCAUUUACUUUAUUUGUCGAAUACGGAAAUGAAUCGAACGGAGCUUAUGUGGGUAACAGCUACCACGGUGUACAUCUGGGAGUUCAAGAAAAGAAAUCCGGGAAAAAUUCAUUACCCAACAGCUACUACAUGUUUCAGGAUGUGCAUUUGAUGAUGUUUAUCGGCUUUGGAUACCUUUUAUUGCUGAUGAAAAGUUCAGAUCGCCGCUCCAUAACUUUGUACUUCCUAGUCGUUGCGAUCAGUCUCCAAUGGGGAACUCUCUGCUACGGAUUCUUCCGCACCGACAAAGGAAAAAUCUACUUGGACAUCGAUAGUUUACUGAAUGCGGAUUUCGCAUGCGCUGGAGUGCUAAUUUCGUGCGCUGCGGUCUCGGAAUUCGUCACACCACUCCAGCUCAUGUUCAUGGCUCUGCUAGAAAUUGCCUUUUCUUCUAGCAACAAGUGGAUCGGUUCUGUCGUGUUUCAGGCAUCGGAUAUCGGAUCCUCAAUGUUUAUCCAUGCAUUUGGGGCCUAUUUCGGUUUGGCUGUGAGUUUCGUUUUGUACCGUCGUACGACUUAUUGCGUCAAUAGGCAAUCCAGCCGAAAAAAGGAAGCAAACGACCCGAUCCGCUCUACCUUUUCGGCCAGUAUUGGAACGAUGUUCUUGUGGAUCUUGUGGCCCAGUUUCAACGCUUGCCUUGCAAAAGGUGAUGCGGAACAGUUCCGUGCCAUCAUCAACACGUACUAUUCAUUAUCGGCCAGCUGCGUGACGGCCUUCGCCGUUUCGUCUCUCGUUGCCAACUGCUUCAUGUGCGCUGAAAACAGCAGUCGGCAAAAAUUCAACAUGGAUGUUUUCCAAAAUUCGACCUUGGUAGGUGGAGUUGUGAUUGGCACAUCCGCCGAUAUGAUGAUUAACAUUUGGGGAGCUAUGAUUAUAGGGGGCUUAGCCGGUGCAGGAUCUGUGUUCAUCGAUCGUUUUUCAGCCAAGCACAUCGUCGAUCGUGUGUCGGGAAUCCGCGAUGCGUGGAAAGUAAACACAUUACAUGGAAUGCCGGGCAUACUAGCGGGUUUAAUCGGUGCAGUUGUAUCAGCUACGGCAACCAAGGAGGACUACGGUUUCAGUUUAUACCGACAAUUCCCUGCCCGUUCUCCACUUAACAGUUCCAGCGAGUUCCUAAAGAUUGAGUACUAUAACCUUAGAAUUGAUCCCGGGGUAGAACGAACAGCUGCGCUGCAGGCAGGGUAUCAGAUCGCUGCACUCGUCGUGACAUUGGUGAUCGCUAUUGUUGGAGGGCUCGGAACAGGCAUGGUUCUGUUAUUGCCCUUCUUCCGCCAACCCGUCCCGUCUGAAGAGAACGAUUCGCAAUCUGAUCUGUCUCUUGUUGUUGAUCAGUUGUUGCUCUCUGACAAAAAUGCCACUAUCGACAAUGUUAUAACAACUGAACCUGUCGCUACGCCAACGGAAAAUCAGUCGUCCAUUUGUUAAAG